GAACAUAGUGCCUUCAAGCUUCACAUUCAACUUCAGUCCUAUCCUUCCUCAUCUACUGCGUAACAGAGGUCUGCUAUCACAAUGGCAAAGUUAAAAGACCAGGAGGCAACUCUGAAAGUGAAGAAGGUGAAGAAGGACGUGACUGAGGACGGCAAGAAAACCAAGCGCAAGCGCGAUUCAGAGGAAGCGGAGGAGGAAUCGCUUGCUGUGAAGAAGGUCGCAAAGAAGGCCAAGACGGAGCAGGAUGGGGACGUCGAGGCUCCGGCAAAGAAGGCUAAGCGCUCGGCGAAGGCUAGCGCGUCCGAGGAAACCGAGCCGCAGCCGCCGGCGGCCUCUGGGCUUCCUCCCAUUACGGCCGCCACGCCCGCGUCGGAGUUGGGCCUUGACCGCUUCCCGCUAUCAGAACAAGUAAAGUCGAUGCUGCGCAGCCAGAACAUCGAGUCGUUGUUCCCCAUUCAAGCCAUGACGCUCGAGCCGGGCAUCGCCGGUCUGGACGUUGUUGGUCGCGCGCGCACCGGAUGCGGCAAGACGCUUGCCUUCGUCUUGCCUGUCGUGGAGCGCAUCCUGGAGCAGCAGAAGAAGGGCGGUGCUGCUGGGUCGCGUGCCAUGGGUCGCCUGCCCAGCUGCAUCGUCCUUGCGCCGACGCGUGAGCUCGCUAAGCAGGUCCAAGAGGUGUUCGCCAACGUGGGCAAGGCUGCCAACCUCUUCACCCUCUGCGUGUACGGCGGCACGCCGUACGACGGUCAGGAGCAGGCGCUGUCCAAGGGUGUAGACGUGGUGGUGGGCACUCCGGGCCGCAUCAAGGACCUCCUUGAGCGCGGCACCCUGAAGCUCUCCAACAUCCGCUUCCGCGUGCUUGACGAGGUGGACCAGAUGCUUGCCAUGGGCUUCAUCGAGGAUGUGGAGACCAUCCUCAAGCAGGGCGAGGAGCAGCGCGACGCCAUCCAAACCCUGCUCUUCUCCGCCACCCUGCCCAAGUGGGUUCAGGGCCUCACAAAGCGCUUCCUGCGCCCCGGACACUGCUUCCUGGACCUGGUGGGAGACGACCGCAUGCAGGCCGCCGUGACGGUACGGCACCUGAUGCUGCCGUGCUCGUACCCCCAGCGUGCGGGACUGCUGAAGGAUCUGAUUACGUCGUACGGCGCGGGCGGUCGUACGAUUAUCUUUACGGACAGCAAGAAGGAGGCGGCGGAGCUGAGUGUGGUGUUGGGUGACUCGCUGGGAGCGCAGGCCCUCCACGGUGACCUGGCGCAGUCCAUGCGCGAGCAGACCUUGGACGGCUUCCGCAAGGGCCGCUUCCCGGUGCUCAUUGCCACGGACGUGGCGGCGCGCGGCCUGGACGUGACGGGCAUCGAGCUGGUGAUGAUGGUGGACCCGCCGGCGGACUGGGAGACGUACAUUCACCGCUCCGGGCGCACCGGUCGCGCGGGCAGCAGCGGCGUUUGCAUCACCCUGGUCACCAAGAAGAUGGAGUACAUGGUGCCCAUCAUCGAGUCGCGCGCGGGCAUGAAGUUUGAGCGCAUCGGCGCCCCCCAGCCCGCCGACAUGGCCCGCAUCGCCGCGGAGCGCACCCUGGCGCUGCUGAGUGAGGUGGAGCCCGCGGUGGUGGGGCACUUCCGGGAGGCGGCCGAGCGGUACCUGCAGGAGCAGGAGGAGCAGGGGCGGGACCCGGCGGAGGCGUUGGCGAGGGCGCUGGCCAAGAUUACCGGAUACAAGGUGAUGAAGGCCCGCUCGCUGCUGACUGCGCACGACGACUGCACCACGCUGAUGUUCACCUGCGAGGACCACACCAUUGAGACGCCCAGCGCCGUGUGGGGACACCUCAGGAAGACGUGCCGCAUGGAUGAGGAUCUGCUGGAGCAGGUGAAGCGCCUGACGGUUACCGCGGACUCCAAGGGCGCCGUCUUUGACGUGCCUUCCGAGCACACGCAGGCCUUCCUAGACGCGGCUGACGGCAAGCGAGGCAUCACCAUCACCCUGCCCUCAUCGCUGCCAGAGCUCAAGGCCAGGCCGGUGGAGCAGAGCAACGGUUACGGCAAUGGCGGUUAUGGCAACGGUGGUUACGGUAACGGCUACGGCAACGGAGGCAACCGGGGCUAUGGCGGUGGCGGCCGCGGCGGGUACGGCGGUCGUGGAGGAAGCGGUGGUGGAUAUGGCGGGCGUGGGGGCAGCGGUGGUGGUUUUGGGGGCCGCGGGGGCAGCCGCGGCGGCGGCCGUGGAGGUUUCGGUGGACGCGGCCGGGGCAAGUACUAAGCUUUAGCUGUGACUAGCAGUGAUGCGGCCGGUUGCUACAGCACUUGCUAUUGCACGGUAUUGCGGCGCUUGUAGCUAUUUUGGCGUGCGCUUUUGACGUUGUUGCGCACUUUGUGGUGAGGGAACUAGGUAUAGGUUUGAUUGUCGGCUGGUAUAAGCUUUGGGGCGGUCUGGAGGCGUGUGGGAAGAGGCUCCGGCGCUUUUGUUGUGAGCGCCGAGGGUGAGCUCAAACCACACGCUCUCGUGCGUGCCACCCAUGAACGCAAGAAAUCCAAAAUUGUCACGUGAACCCGCGCUUGGGAAGAACUACGUAUGACUAGCCUUGGUUCUAGUGAUUUGUUUUGUGAGAAGAAACAGGCCGCAUUGCCUGCGCAUCUGCAAAGGGCAUUUGCAUUCAACGUUUUGGCUUUCUUCCCUGGCUUACGUUAUGGCGCGUGGGGCUUCGUUUGACGAAAGAUGUGGACGGGUUGGGAGGCGGCUUUUGGCGGUGACCCUUAGCGGUGUUGCUUGAUGCGUUAAGCCAGGAUGGAGGUUUCAAGUCACCCUCAGUAGCAUCAAGAGGGGGGCGGUAAGGAGCUUCAUUGCUAGGUUGGGUUCCGUGCGGGAGCCCCUGCGAGCCGUGGGUGUUGCGGGUAAUGCCCCGCUCAAGUUCAGCUUGUUUGCGGCUCUUGGUAGCCUCUGAAGUGAUAUGUAGCGCAAGGGUAUUCUUAAGGACGCUCUUUGAAGGGGAAACGGGCGUAACACCUGAAGUCAUAUUGGCAGCUUGGCCCCUCCCUGGCGGGAUUUAUGGGAUUGGGUAUGGAUUAUUAGGUUGGCUGGUCGAUUCGUCAGUUGCGUGCCUGCUGAUUGUAACCCCCGUGUGGUGA